AUGCCCCCUCCGGCUCAAAAGGGACCCUGGCUGUGGGGCUCCGCCUGGGUCCGCACGCACAGCAGUUCCAGGCGAGGCUGGAGCCCGCAACCCCUGCCUCAGGCGGCGGCCGCCCGCGGAAGCCCAAACCCAAACCCGGGGAGCGGGGCAGACGAAGGCCCCGGGGUGCCAAUUCCCUCAGCCGGGCUCCCCGGAAGGCCUCUGCGAAGUGCCCGGGAAGCUGGACUGGAGGCCUCUCAGUGCGGCGGCGGCUCCCCGGAAGGCUCGCCAAGCGCCAGUCUUGGCGGCGACGGAGGAUGGCAGCGGGAGAGGGAGCGCAGGCGGCUACGGGCCGCCGCAGGUGCCCUUCGCGGCCGCCGGACCGGCUUUCGCUUCCCUCCUUCCCUCCCUCCUUCCCUGCGCCUCGGCUCCCGGAAGCGGAAAUGGCCAGGCCGGUCCCCGUGGAAUCGGAGCCGGACUGGGAAACCUCCGCCCGGGGAAGAAAUGUUCCGUAGCCAAGCAGGGCCGCCGACGGAUAGCUGGGCUAAGAGGGAGGAAGAAAGAGGGAGGAAGAGACGGAGGAGGGGGAAGGAAGGAGGGAGGAGGGGGAAAGGAAGCCACGUGGAUGGCUCUGGCCCUUCUAUCCCCUCUUCUUCGAGCCACGUUUCCGGAAGGGCCAGCCAGAGCUCGACUGUUUCCAUAUUUCUGCCAGGAGAAUCCCAGUUUUGGUUUUGGUUUUGGGGAGGAAAACAAACAAGGUGCCUAAAGGACCCCCUUUGGAGCCGCGCUGCGUUUGCGCCAAUGGACGGUUCUAGUCGAGGAAGCCGAAUUGCUGAGUGUUCAUUUGAAAAGGAUGUGGUGGAAAAGGGCAAACAAAAUGACCAAGCGGGUGGGGCGACUUCUCCAUGAAGAAAGGAUGCAGCAUUUCGGACUUUUUAAUUUAGAGAAAAGGCAAGCAAGAGGCGGCAUGGUCGACGUUUAUAAAAUCAUGCGUGGCGUAGAGAAAGUGGAGAGAGAGAAGCUUUUCUCCCGCUCUCACCGCAGAAGAAUUCAUGGACAUCCAAUGAAGCUGGAUGUUGGAAGAUUCAGGACAGAUAGAAGAAAAUGAACCUGGGCAGCAAAACCAACAAAGAAUCUUGUAGCGUUUUAUAUAGAUUAAGAUUACAUGUAUUUGAUGAGGGGUGCCUGCAGGUUUUGACAGGAAUCACACAAUGAUGGAAUACAAAAGCCAAGGACAAGGAAGGCUUGUAACAACACAUGACUUAACCAAAGAUUGACUGGGGGCGGGGCACUAAGAAUUCCAAAGGCUGACAAUGUGGAGGAGAGGUUACAUGAUGUUACAUGAUGUUGAUGUAGUACGUAGUAAAAUGAAAACAGUCACCAAUAACUUUA